GCGGGGCGCCCGCCGCGGCCCCAAGUCUCGCGGUUUUACGGCCCGACCCGCGCCCCCCGCGCCGCACGCGACAAAGGCGGGACCCGGCGAGGCGCGCGGGGCGCGGAGCUGCCGGCCUUUGUGUGGCGCCGCCCGGCUCCGCGCGCAGGACCCCGCGUCCCCGCGCCCCCGCGCCAUGGCCACCCCCGCGGCCGCCAACCCUCCGGAAAUGGCCUCAGACCUGCCGGGAUCGGUGCCGCUGCCCGUGGCGCCCAUGGCGGCCGCCGGACAGGUGCGGAUGGCCGGGGCCGUGCCCGCCCGCGGAGGGAAGCGGCGUUCCGGGAUGGACUUUGACGAUGAAGACGGCGAAGGCCCCAGCAAAUUCUCCAGAGAGAACCACAGUGAGAUCGAGCGGCGGCGGCGGAACAAGAUGACGCAGUACAUCACGGAGCUGUCGGACAUGGUGCCCACCUGCAGCGCGCUGGCCCGCAAGCCCGACAAGCUGACCAUCCUGCGCAUGGCCGUCUCGCACAUGAAGUCCAUGCGGGGCACCGGCAACAAGUCCACCGACGGCGCCUACAAGCCGUCCUUCCUCACCGAGCAGGAGCUGAAACACCUCAUCCUGGAGGCGGCCGACGGGUUCCUGUUCGUGGUGGCGGCCGAGACGGGGCGGGUGAUCUACGUGUCGGACUCGGUCACGCCCGUGCUGAACCAGCCGCAGUCCGAGUGGUUCGGCAGCACCCUGUACGAGCAGGUGCACCCCGACGACGUGGAGAAGCUGCGGGAGCAGCUGUGCACCUCGGAGAACUCCAUGACAGGCCGGAUCCUGGACCUGAAGACCGGGACGGUGAAGAAGGAGGGGCAGCAGUCGUCCAUGCGCAUGUGCAUGGGCUCCAGGCGGUCCUUCAUCUGCAGGAUGAGGUGUGGAAAUGCUCCGUUGGACCACCUGCCUCUGAGCAGAAUCACCACCAUGAGGAAGAGGUUCAGGAACGGCCUGGGGCCUGUGAAGGAGGGGGAAGCCCAGUACGCCGUGGUCCACUGCACCGGCUACAUCAAGGCCUGGCCCCCGGCAGGAAUGACCAUCCCCGAGGAGGACGCCGAGGUGGGACAGGGCAGCAAGUACUGCCUGGUGGCCAUCGGCCGGCUGCAGGUGACCAGCUCCCCUGUGUGCAUGGACAUGAGCGGGAUGGCGGUGCCCACGGAGUUCCUGUCGCGCCACAACGCCGACGGGGUCAUCACCUUCGUGGAUCCCCGCUGCAUCAGCGUCAUUGGCUACCAGCCCCAGGACCUGCUGGGGAAGGACAUCCUGGAAUUCUGCCACUCGGAGGACCAGAGCCACCUGCGGGAGAGCUUCCAGCAGGUGGUGAAGCUGAAGGGCCAGGUGCUGUCCGUCAUGUACCGUUUCCGCACCAAGAACCGCGAGUGGCUGCUGCUUCGCACCAGCAGCUUCACCUUCCAGAACCCGUACUCGGACGAGAUCGAGUACCUCAUCUGCACCAACACCAACGUCAAGCAGCUCCAGCAGCAGCAGGCGGAGCUGGAGGUGCAUCAGAGAGACGGGCUGUCCUCCUACGACCUGGCACAGGUCCCCGUCCCCAGCCUGCCGGCGGGCGUGCACGAGGCCGGGAAGGCCGUGGAGAAGACCGACGCCAUCUUCUCCCAGGAGCGCGACCCCCGCUUUGCGGAGAUGUUCGCGGGGAUCGGAGCCUCGGAGAAGAAGAUGAUGGGCUCGGCCUCCGCGGCGGGAAGCCAGCAGAUCUACUCCCAGGGCGGCCCCUUCCCGGCCGGACACUCGGGCAAGGCCUUCAGCUCCUCCGUGGUGCACGUGCCCGGGGUGAAUGACAUCCAGUCCUCCUCCUCGACCGGCCAGAACAUGUCCCAGAUCUCCCGGCAGCUCAGCCAGAGCCAGGUGGCCUGGACCGGGAGCCGGCCGCCCUUCCCCGCACAGGCCGGCAAGACCCAGUCCUCCCCGUUUGGGAUCGGCACCGGCCACAGCUACCCGGCCGACCCCGCCUCCUACAGCCCGCUGUCCAGCCCGGCCACCUCCUCGCCCAGCGGCAACGCCUACUCCGGCCUGGCCAGCAGGACCCCCGGCUUCGCUGAAGGCGGCCAGGGCGGCGGGCAGUUCCAGGGCCGGCCGUCGGAAGUCUGGUCCCAGUGGCAGAGCCAGCACCACGGGCAGCCGAGCGGCGAGCAGCACGCCCACCCGCAGCCGGGCCAGACCGAAGUGUUCCAGGACAUGCUGCCGAUGCCGGGGGACCCCGCCCAGGGGACCGGCAGCUACAACAUCGAGGACUUCGCCGACCUGGGCAUGUUCCCGCCGUUCUCUGAGUAGCGGGGGGGCAGAGCGAGGCUCCCGCGGACCCCUCCCCGGGCUGUGAUGGGGACGCCGCAGCCCCCCCACCCCGCCCGCGUGCGCCCGGCCCCGCACCGCUCAGCCCUCGCCCGCAGCCGCGGCCGCCUGCCCGCCGCCCGGAGCCCGGGAGACGGCGGGGUCCCUUGUAUUUAUUGUGCUGUCCCUGUGUGUGCUUGCGAGGCGCCCGCCGGGUCCUGAGGGUCCGGGUGUGUCCAAUCUCGACAGUUUUCCCCGGUAGACGUUCGCUUACAGCCCCCCCCCACCGUGCCCCCGACCCCGGGCCUGCCCACGCGGCUGGGACCAGCUCUCUCCUGGCCUUUGUCUUCUGUGGGCAGGUGGGGCUCGGGGGCGCCCGAAACGGGGGCGCACGGGGGGCACAGCCUGUGCUCUGUGAGCCGGAGGUGAGAGCACAGAUCGGGGAGCGUGCACCCCACGCCCCGGCUCCCCAGACCCGCGUGCCCUUUGUAUGUGUCGGGCCCGUGCCUGCUCUGCGUGGGCAGAGCGAGUGUCUGAGUCCCGGGCACGCGUGAGUGAGCCCCGAGGUGUGCCCCCACCCCGCGCUGGGCAGCACCCCGGCUGCCGGAGGGGGACCCGGGGGCCGGGGCCGGGCUGGGGGGCUGGGGCGACUCCUCCUCGCCCCACUCAUGUCGCCGGAGCCUGCAGGAGGCUCCUGGGUCACAGAGGCCCUUGUGUGGGGGUGCGGACGGGACGGGCGGCGCCAGGCGGCUUCCCGACCAGCCUCUGGGGGUGGGGUGGGGUGGGGGGCAUCUGCUCAGUGGCUCCGGCGAUCGUUUCGGGGUGAGCCCUGUCCGCACCCCCGGGGCCCAGCUGGCGUGGGGAGCUGUACCGCUAAGGCUCAGCGUUGGUCUGGUGGGUGGGAUGCCCUCCGGUUGCCUCCAAAUUAACACGGAUUUUAGCUUCCAGAGUGGCUUGGUGGGGCUUUUGUUGUUUUUUUGUUUCUAACCCCCCCCCCCCGGGUAUUUUCCAUUGAUUCUUAGAGAGAGAGGAAGGGAGAGGGAGAGACAGAGAAACGUUGAUGUGAGAGAGAGACAUCGAUGGGUUGCCUCCUGCACGCGCCCGGACCAGGGCUGGCCGGGGAGGAGCCUGCCACCGAGGUCCGUGCCCUUGACCGGAAUCGAACCCGGGACCCUUCGGUCUGCAGGCCGACGCUCUAUCCACUGAGCCACACUGGCCGGGGCCAGGGCCCUGUGUGAAUAGGGCCGAGUGGUCCCGGGUUCGAGGCAGGGGUUGUGGGUCUCUUGUAGGAGCCUUUGGCUCAGAGGGGAGUUGGGGGGCAGCAGGAGGCGGACACUGAGCCCGCCUGGACUGUCCCAGGCCCCCCAAAAAGGCACAGCUCCAGCUUCUGGGUCAGAGGAUGGUGUCUCCGUAAAAUCACAAACAUCGCGGCCUGGAGCCCGGGAGUCGGGGAGUUUGGGGGUUUUGUGCUUCUGGUUUUGGGGGGGAACUUGGGGGUGUUAUGAGGUGGCUCAUGCGGUCGACCCGCCUGGCCGCGAGCUGCCCGGAUGGAGCUGGGCACCGAGGGCGGCCGAGGCAGGGGGACCUUUCAUCUCCGCCUCUCGUUCAACCUCAACCCAGCGGGUGCGGACAGCUGGAGUCUCGGUCCUGGGAGGUGAGGAUGGAGGGAGGGAGAGGGAGAGAGAGAGAGAGAGAGAGAGAGAGAGAGAGAGAGACAUUCAUGAUGAGGGAGAAUCAUGGAUCGGCUGCCUCCUGCACGCCCCCCACUGGAGAUGGAGCCUGCAACCCAGGCAUGUGCCCUGACCGGGAUUCGAACCCGGGACCCUUGGGUCCGCAGGCCGACGCUCUACCCACUGAGCCACACCGGCUAGAGGCGGGCGUCUAUUUGAGCCCUUCAAGAGGCUGUGUGCUCCCCAGAUCAGCACUCCCGACACCCCCAGAGCUCCCACUCGCUGAGAGAGAGAGAGAGAGGGAGAGAGAGGAGGUCCCGGGAAAUGAGUGAUAUUCUCGUCCGUGUCCGCACUGGGCCCGGACGUCACUGGAUUCUCACCCGCCUGCUCGCCAACAGUGAGACAGUUUCGGGGUGAGCCCCGUCCGGCACCCCCGCUUCCUGCAGCCGGGGUGCUGCCGAGAGCCGGGUGGGGACCUGUCCCCUGAGCGAGGCAGGCGGGUGCCCACAGCCCAGCAGUCACAGGUCCCGGCAGAGGCCGAAAUGCUGUUCGUUUUCCCCGAAAAUGGGGGUUCGGUCACGAGGUCGCUGUGCCCCGACCGGCCAGGGGCCGCCCCCUCUCUCCUUCCCCCACCGAACCCUGCUGUGUCCCCACCUCCCCAACCCCGGGGCCAGGGCGCCGUGUCCCCCUCUCCCCGGGCCUGGGCCCGUGGCCAGAGCCGGUGGCCGGCUGGGACGUGGCGGCCGCGGGACAGCUGCUCCGUGUCACCGUCUCCUCUCCUCCCGGGACGGGCGGUUCCGGACGAGCCCCCUGGCCUCUGCUCGCCGUCCGCCCUCCCGUGUGAACUGUGACCCCCCCCCCCCCCGUCGGUGUUGCUGGAACGUUCUCGGUGACUAACGGUUGUUGUUCCGUCCGUCGUGUACGUGUGUCGCGAAUGUAACGGCCUUUGGAAACGUCCCGCAGUAAAAGCCUCUUUGCUUGGA